CACUGCUGAUUCCGAACGAUUGAUUCGAUAGAAAAGAACUCUGCGAACGAAAAGGCUUCGACAUAAAAAGGGCCAACAACGACAACAGAGCAGCAUAAACAACAUGGGCGCAAAACAGUCGCGUGAGCCACGUUCCGUCUCAAUGGAGAAUCCUGCAGGCGUCCUGGAUAUAUCCGAUGAUGUGGUGAAGCGCCUGAAGCAGGGUAUCACACAGCAGGCUCGCGAAAAUGCCGCCGUUGCAGAGGAGUCGCAACCGGCGUCGAAGCCACAACAGCCGGCCAAGAAGGCGCCUGUAAAAGCCGCUGACGGUGCUGCUGCUGCAGUUGCUCCUCCUCCAACAGUUGUGUAUCAGAGUGCCACGCCCAUUUAUGUGCAGGGAGGCGGACAAACCAUUAGCGCUGCCGAUGUGCAGCGUCAAAUGAACCAGGAGCUGCUAAAGAACGAUGAGCUGUGGAAACAGCGCAUGACGAAGCUGGAGGAGAAUCUAAAGAAGACAAACACCAUCAUGGAGACGGAAUAUGCGAAUGCUGUCGAGGGUGUACAUAAGCGUUUUGUGAGCACUGCUGCAGCGCAUAAGACGCCACCAUGCCAAGAUCUGAAAGCACAGCUCCUAGCCUGCUAUCGUGCGAAUCCCGGCGAGACACUCAGGUGCAUUGAUGAAGUGGCCCAGUUCAAGCAAUGCGUGGACAUGCAUCGCAUCAAGAAGCUCGACAGUCAACCGGAAGCGCCCAAGGCGACAGUGCCAGUUGCCAAAGCUGGUUAAAGACUUGUGUGUGUUGACUUAUCAUUUGUUUUAUUAUUUGAUUGCUCCUGUGCAUCUAAAAGCCUUCUGGGAUCUGUAUAAAGAACGGAACUUGCUAUGAAACGAGCGUGUAAUUGUGAACAAUAGUGAAUUAAUUUAAUAUAUAUAAAGAAGAUGUAAUUAAC